AGGACCAAAUUGAAUCUCAGGUGCAGCUGAAUGCAGCCAGUUUUCUAAUUCGAAAUCACCUGCUUCGAUGGCGUUAGCAUCGCAUCUAUCAAGCGGCCAGACUGCCUGCUAUGGUGUGUGUAUUUAAUAUUGUUCUUCUAGCGAAGAUUAUUUCCUUGGUCAAAGUUAAAAAAAUUAUUUCGCUCAUCGAGACAUGAUGGCUCAGUCAAAAAGUAUCGAGUCAUACCUUAUGAACAUCCAGCAACAGUUUAAAGGAGCCAUCGCUGACUAUCAGAUUUUGCAGAGGAGACUCAGCGCUGAUCGUGAGAAUGUAGAGGUCAGGAAAGAGUUGAACGCCAUGAAGGAGCACAUCGUGAACCUGGGUGCUUCUCAGCGGCCGUAUAUGAAGCUGCUGCGGAUGAAAAAUGCAAUAAAAACCAAGAGCAGAGAUAAUACAAUGGCAGUUCCUGAGAAAAAGAUGCGCCUGGAGGAGGAAGUGAAGCUUAAGGCCGGAAAAGAAAUUCCUGCAGAAGAGGAGCAGCCAAAGGUUGAGACGCAAAUUGAAAGCAGCGCUGGGUUGUGUAGGAAAUUGAUGGAAGAGUUUGAGGAGGAGAAGGAAAACAUUGCCCAUUCUGUCGACAAGAAUAUUGGAAUUGCCAUUGAGCCACAGAAACUGAACGAGAAAGAGAGAUUUCUAUCUUGCAUCGGACUGGUGACGCUGGAGAGAUCAAGUCAGGUUUCCGACGCCGUCCAGAAAUACAAAGCAGAGUAUGCCCUGAAACAUCCACUGCUGGAAAUUCCUAAGGCCGACCACUCUAAGCGCCGGCGGACAGAAACCUAUCUCAGCUGCGUGCAAAAGAAGCGGAAAGAGAAGCAGAGAGAGCCCUCCAGCGAAAAGGAAACAGGAGAGAGCAAAAAUCCUGAAGAUACAACAAAGCAAAAUGGACACUUAAUCGACCUUCCGGACCAGCCUUUCAACGAACACCAAUGGUCACAAGGAUCCAUUGGUUCCAAUCCUGAAGAUUUGCCAGAGGAAGAAACUCAAUCGCAAUCUUGAUUUGUUGCGUUGUUACCGGUGUUAAAUCUGCUUCCUUCCAAUCUCCUGCUGCCCACAGACUGCUGCCAAUUUCAGUGAUAAUUUUAGUAUUAAUACUUUGCAGUAAGAGAUAAUGUGUUCAUCAGAGUUAAAUAAGCAAAGGCGUGUAAUUAAUUCGUAAAUUCUUUUUCCUGAUGACAUAUAAACAUGUGAAUUAAUCCACAAUCUUGGCAUUCUUCACGUUUUAUUCUCGCAAGAACACACCAACGCAGCUGCUAAACUUGUGAUACACAAUUUUUUCUAUCUCGCUCUGACUGUUUAGUCAUUGUUACGCUCAGCUAAGAUUUUUGUUAUUUUUUUUGCUCACACAUCUGUAUAAUAUUUACUUAGAAGCUUUACAUUUAAAUUUAAAUAAAAUACAGGAUUACGCUCAAAUUCAUAAAACUGUAAAUAUUAAACAUAAGAAAUGAACAA